AUGUGUCUGGAAAACUUCUCUUCUCAGGUGGUGGAGAGACAUAACAAGCCAGAAGUUGAAGGUUUCAGGAGUAGUAAAGAACUGCUCUUACAGCCGGUGGUCAUAAGCAGAAAUGAAAAGGAGAAAGUGCUGAUUGAGGGAUCCAUUAACUCAGUGCGCGUCAGCAUCGCUGUGAAACAGGCUGAUGAAAUUGAAAAGAUUUUAUGCCAUAAAUUCAUGCGUUUCAUGAUGAUGAGGGCAGAAAACUUCUUCAUCCUGCGUAGAAAACCUGUAGAGGGAUACGACAUCAGCUUCCUGAUCACAAACUUCCACACGGAGCAAAUGUACAAACACAAGCUGGUCGACUUUGUCAUUCAUUUUAUGGAGGAGAUCGACAAGGAGAUCAGCGAAAUGAAGCUGUCAGUCAACGCCAGAGCUCGUAUCGUAGCCGAGGAAUUCCUAAAGAACGUAAGCAAGUUUAUGUUUUCAUUUCUUAGGUGGGCCAGGGAAUCGGUGGCAUGUACUAAUAACAGGCUCCAGGCUGACGAAGAAAUGUGA